UCCUGGGCCUGUUGGAAGGAGCGAGCUGGGGGCGGGUGGGUGGGACGCUUCCUCAUCAUUUAUUCAUUGCGACUGUCUCCAUUGUUGACACUAGCCGCGAGCCGCAAACGCCUGCUCUUGCAGGGGAAGUCUGACACCUUGAGGACGCGAGAGGGGGUGCCGGGACCCCAGAGCAGCGGAGUGGGAGAGGCUUUGAGAGUUACGGGGUGAGGGUGGGGGUUACUUUCUCAAGUCGGGCGACCUGCCGCCCGGGUGCUUGCUUACUGGGGUGGGAGCCGGGUGUGCCGAAGCUGGCUCCGGACGCGAACUGAGGUCGGACCGCCGGCAGAGCCCGCCCGAAGCCUGGAGGUGUGUCUGGCUGUCACCCAGGCUCGCAGGGUGGGUUCCCUCCGCGGACGUGGCUGCGUGACCGCUGGCUUGAGGUGAGCUCUCCUGCCCAACUGGCUGACCGCAAACCUUUGGCCCAGGGAGGCGGAGGCUCUCCCUGGGCAGCCGAUUCGAGGUCCUGCCCGCGCGCGGGUCCCUCACCGCGGCGCGGAGCGGUGCGUGGGACGCGCAUCCUCAUGAGCUGCCCUUCGCGGACCCGGUCUGUGCGGCCCCGGAGUCCGGCAGCCGUGGGAGACGGAGGGCGGAGUGUCUCCCUCUGGGUUCAUCCGUUGGCAGCCGUGGGAACGCUAACUUUAUCCGGAGGGAUCCGCAAGGGAGGGGGUGGGCGAGGUUCUCCUCCCCCGGCGCUCACCUCCCCUUCGGGGCCUCCCCUCCCCCGCCUCCCGUGGCAUCUCUCUCAGAGCAUCCUCACUCCGCCCAGCUCGGUGCCAGCUGCGUGGGCUCCGGCUUCGUGCGUUUUCCUUGGAAUGCUCCAAAACUCGGCGGAGACCAAGGAAAUCCCGUUGGAAUUUGCCGGGCGUGCGCUCCCCGGGCAUAGCACCCGCGCCGCCGGCCUGGAAUCGCUCCCUCUUCAGCCGGAAGGUUGCAACUUUGCAGGGACAAAGAAAUAGCAUGGCAUGAGACAUGGCUCAGUUCUAUUACAAGAGAAAUGUUAAUGCCCCCUACAGAGACCGCAUCCCCCUCAGGAUAGUCCGAGCAGAGUCGGAACUCUCACCAUCGGAGAAAGCCUACUUAAACGCGGUGGAAAAGGGAGACUAUGCAAGUGUCAAGAAAUCCCUCGAGGAAGCUGAAAUCUAUUUUAAAAUCAACAUUAAUUGCAUUGAUCCUCUUGGAAGAACUGCUCUCCUCAUCGCAAUCGAAAAUGAGAACUUGGAGCUCAUCGAACUGCUCCUAAGCUUUAACGUCUACGUCGGGGAUGCUCUGUUACACGCCAUCAGGAAAGAGGUCGUCGGAGCUGUGGAGCUGCUCCUGAACCACAAAAAGCCCAGCGGAGAAAAACAGGUGCCGCCCAUACUCCUUGAUAAGCAGUUCUCUGAAUUCACUCCGGACAUUACACCAAUCAUUUUGGCAGCCCAUACAAAUAACUACGAGAUAAUAAAACUUUUAGUCCAGAAAGGGGUGUCAGUGCCCAGGCCCCACGAGGUCCGCUGUAACUGCGUUGAAUGCGUGUCCAGCUCGGAUGUGGACAGCCUCCGCCACUCACGCUCCAGACUCAACAUCUACAAGGCGCUGGCCAGCCCCUCCCUCAUCGCCCUGUCAAGUGAAGAUCCUUUUCUCACAGCCUUUCAGUUGAGUUGGGAGCUCCAGGAACUGAGUAAGGUGGAAAAUGAAUUCAAGUCAGAGUACGAGGAGCUGUCACGACAGUGCAAACAAUUUGCUAAGGACCUCCUGGAUCAGACAAGAAGUUCCAGAGAGCUGGAAAUCAUCCUGAAUUACCGCGAUGACAAUAGUCUCAUAGAAGAGCAGAGUGGAAAUGAUCUCGCGAGACUCAAAUUGGCCAUUAAGUACCGUCAAAAAGAGUUUGUCGCUCAGCCCAACUGUCAACAGCUGCUGGCAUCCCGCUGGUACGACGAAUUCCCCGGCUGGAGGAGAAGACACUGGGCCGUGAAGAUGGUGACGUGUUUCAUAAUAGGACUUCUUUUUCCUGUCUUCUCUGUGUGCUACCUUAUAGCUCCCAAAAGCCCCCUUGGACUGUUCAUCAGAAAGCCAUUUAUCAAGUUCAUCUGCCACACCGCCUCCUAUUUGACUUUUCUGUUCCUGCUGCUGCUUGCCUCUCAGCACAUCGACAGGUCAGACUUGAACAGGCAAGGUCCACCACCAACCAUCGUGGAGUGGAUGAUAUUACCGUGGGUCCUGGGUUUUAUAUGGGGAGAAAUUAAACAAAUGUGGGAUGGUGGACUUCAAGAUUACAUCCAUGAUUGGUGGAAUCUAAUGGAUUUUGUGAUGAACUCCUUAUAUUUAGCAACAAUCUCCUUGAAAAUCGUUGCAUUUGUAAAGUACAGUGCUCUUAAUCCCCGAGAAUCGUGGGACAUGUGGCAUCCCACUCUGGUGGCUGAAGCUUUAUUUGCGAUUGCAAACAUAUUCAGUUCCCUGCGCCUGAUCUCACUGUUCACUGCAAAUUCUCACCUGGGGCCCCUGCAGAUCUCUCUGGGAAGAAUGCUCCUGGACAUUCUGAAGUUUCUAUUCAUCUACUGCCUGGUGCUGCUAGCAUUUGCAAACGGCCUAAAUCAGUUGUACUUCUAUUACGAAGAAACAAAAGGGUUAAGCUGCAAAGGCAUACGAUGUGAAAAGCAGAACAAUGCAUUUUCAACGUUAUUUGAGACUCUGCAGUCCCUGUUUUGGUCAAUAUUUGGUCUCAUCAACUUAUACGUGACCAAUGUCAAAGCUCAGCACGAAUUCACUGAGUUUGUUGGCGCCACCAUGUUUGGGACGUACAACGUCAUCUCUCUGGUUGUCCUGCUCAACAUGCUAAUAGCCAUGAUGAAUAAUUCCUACCAACUUAUUGCUGACCAUGCAGACAUAGAGUGGAAAUUUGCUCGAACAAAGCUUUGGAUGAGUUAUUUUGAGGAAGGGGGCACCCUGCCUACUCCCUUCAACGUCAUCCCGAGCCCCAAGUCUCUCUGGUACCUGAUCAAAUGGAUAUGGACGCACCUGUGCAAGAAAAAGAUGAGAAGAAAGCCAGAAAGUUUUGGAACCAUAGGGAGGCGAGCGGCUGAUAAUUUAAGAAGACAUCACCAAUAUCAAGAAGUUAUGAGGAACCUGGUGAAGCGGUAUGUCGCCGCUAUGAUUAGAGACGCCAAAACUGAAGAAGGCCUGACUGAGGAGAACUUUAAGGAACUCAAACAAGACAUUUCUAGUUUCCGCUUUGAGGUCCUGGGCUUACUAAGAGGAAGCAAACUCUCCACGGUACAGUCUGCUCAGGGCAUGAAGGAGUCUUCUAACUCCGUCGACUCCGAUGAGAGGAGUGACAACGAAGGCAGCAGCAAGGACAAGAAAAAGAACUUCAGCCUCUUCGACUUAACCACCCUGAUUCACCCGCGAUCGGCCGCCAUCGCCUCCGAGAGACACAUGAGCAAUGGCUCGGCGCUCGUGGUGCAGGAGCCCCCGAGGGAGAAGCCGAGGAAAGUCAAUUUUGUGACCGAUAUUAAAAACUUCGGGCUGUUCCACAGACGAUCAAAACACCACGCUGCCGAGCAACAUGCAAACCAAAUCUUCUCCGUUUCGGAAGGGGUUGCUCGCCAACAAGCCGAAGGACCCCCGGAGAGAAAUAUCCCCCUGGAAUCUCGAGGAUUAGCUUCCCGGGGUGACCUGAACAUCCCCGGGCUCAGCGAACAGUGUAUAUUAGUAGAUCAUCGAGAGAGAAGCACGGACUCCCUGGGUUUACAGGCAAGCAGGGCAGUGGGUUCAUUCGAGUCGGAUAAGGUGGUGGUGGAGGACACGGUUCCGAUCAUACCAAAGGAGAAGCACGCGAAGGACAAGGACUCGAGUCUAGACUACGAGGCCACAGACACGGUCACCCACGAGGAUUAUGUGACCACAAGACUGUGAACCUGGAAGGAGGAAGCGUUUAUCAUCCACAACGCACAUUUUCCAUAGUGCUUUGGGUGUGUGUGUACGGGGUGGGGGGAGAUGUUUAAAAGUAAAUCAGCCAAUGCUAACUUACACUUCAUAGCAUUUAUCAGCCGUGGUAUAUUAACGUGUGAUGUUUAAAUCAAGCAAAGGCUAUCGACAACCCUUGUUUGUAGCCCGCUUUUGCUUUCACAAUUUGUUUUACUUUUUUUUUUUUGGUUAAUAAAUAAACACACCUUGUAUUCCUGUACUGUUGCAAUAACCCACAGGAACUUUUUAGCUCUCUUUUUCAAUUAAACAAAUGCAACUUAUUACAUGUGGUAGAGGACUCCUAUCAUAAGUUUUUUAUAUGCAAAAAAAAUGUAGCUGAAAUAUUAGAGCUUUUCAUAAUUUUUUAGGGUCUCUAGGGAUGGUUGCACCUUCAGUUACUUUUCAUUCAGCCCUACAGUUUGGCUUUAAAACCCAGAUGUUAUCCAAUUAUUUCUUAAGAGCAUGUAAAUAAUUACUGUGCACAAUCAAAGCGAGCAAGCCUCCUCUCACCAAGCCCAGAUCAAACUCUUGAAAUGGAAGCCAAGGAUACUUUCUAGAGUUUUAGGUUGCCCGGUUUUCCUUUCAGUAAGUAAAAGAAAUGUUUGUGUUAAUCAAUGUUGAUGACUGACGAUUUGUUAAUGAUAUUUGGUCAGAAAAAUUUUCCACUUCAAGUUUUUUUAAUGCCUUUUUCCCGAUUCAUCUGCAAAUCAGUUUAAGUAUGUGGCUUUGUGGGUAAGUGAAUUUCCAAAAUGUGGCAUAAGUUCUCAGCCCUAGAAAAAAGUAACAAUAAAUUAGAAUAGUUUAAGCAUCUUCAACAAAGCAAGAUGACUGCACGUUCAUAGUAUCCAGGUGAAAAUGAAUUCAUUCUAACAGUCUAAAUCUAAGCAAAGUUAAAUUCUGUUUUCAAUCAGUGCAAUAUUGUUAUAAUUCAAAAGAAGUACAAACUCCUAGUAGUCUCUUCUUCCUCCCAGUGACUGGUAUAUAUUUAUUUAAAAUUGAAAUCACCCCCAAAUUAAUAUUAAUUUUAGCAGUAGGUGUAGACAUACAGUUUCCCCCAUGGAAACAACAUUCUUAAUUGCUUGUUUCUUCUCUUGCUUACAAAGUAAUUCAGCUUAUAUUAUACUCAUUCAUUGGAUCACUGAAAAGGAAGUGUUUUCAUCGGAUACGAAAAAGGUACUGGCAACUCCUUAAAAUUUAAAUUAUGUGACCUGUGUCUCUUUAAGCCAUCACGGAAAUAGAAGUUUCCUCACCGCACGCAAUUAGCAUUUCUUUCAAAUCAAUAGAAACACGCAGAGUUCAUUAUACUUCAAAAAUUACCUCCAUGGACUAGACAAAUCAUAUAUGAUUUAGCAUUGACCAAGGACUACAUCGUAGGACAAAACCCAGUUUCUGGUAACCACACAUCAAAUACAAAGCUGCACAGCAGCAGCGAUGCCAGCCCAUGUUGUACGCGCUAUGCGUGUGUUAACACACAGGUACUGCUCGUGACAGCCCUCAGAAGUAGCUACUCUUGUCACCACUUCCUCAGACGAGGAAAUGGAAGAAGCACUAACUCUGCUGAGGUGCACAGCUAGUGAUGAAGCCCUGAGGAGUCCUUCCAGGUCCUGCCCUUCACCACUUCCCUGCACCGCCUCGCACGGCGCAAAGACCAAGCAAAACAAUGUGCACAGAUAAGGGUUACUACUACCACUUCUGAAAUGCUAUAUCUUGAGAGAGAAUGAGUUUGGUAAAGUCCAUAAAUUCAUGUCCUUCUUGUAAGCAAAAGAUUGAGCAAGAUUAAAGAUGUCAUGGAUUUGAUUCUUUAGAUUUAACUGCAUUACAGAAGUUAGGAUAUAUUUUUUUAAAAAUAUAUUUGUUAUGGGAUAUCAGAAUUCAACUUGGAAGUUUAGAGUUUUCGGGGAAGCCAGAGGCACUGAGAUACUGCUCAUUCUUAAAUCUGGAUUUUGUCCUAGGGAUUUAAGAACGAGGCAGGGAGUUUUAGAGAAACCCAAUAAGCUUAAUGAAUGUUCUUACUGCUUUGAGAACACCUUGCUCCCAAGUAUGUUGGGGCUCAGAAUAAGCCCUCGGAGAUAGUGAAAUACCUGAGUUCUUCUAAGUCAGACCUACAGUAGUUGGGAAAUUGUAGUCCUAGUCUCAAUCCUUGGGGUGUUUUUCAGUGAUUCCUUUUUUGCUGUCUCUGUUGUGUGUGUGUGUGUGCGUGUGUGUGUGUGUGUGUGUGUUUCCCCGCGCCUCGCAGCCGCAGUGAAGAUCACAUACAUCACCAUGAUACAUACUUUGUCAGAAUUUAGUACCAGAUUUCCUCUGUUCCUUUAAAUACCACCACCAACAAUAAAAGCGCCCUUAAAUUUUUCCCAGUAGCUUGUUUAUAUCAGAGGUUAGGGUGCCGAUGUUUUACAGGUGAACAUGGUGAUAAUUACAGGGAUUUAUUCGGCGCAGGUAACAUUCCGCUUUUCAGUGCUCUGGAAAUGAUGGUUUCUAACACCCCGCAGACGUCACUGAUAGAGGCAUUUAUGACUUUAAACAAACUACUGGGUAUUGAUUGUACUGGAUAUCCUAGAAUUGAGUAUUACUCUAAAUCUGUAGUGAUAUUGGGUAGUGUUGAUGAAGAAGAACAGUAGGGAAAGAAUAAGAAAACAUAAAACAGUAGCAGGUUUGCAAAGUAAAGAGGGUUUUGAGGUUUUUUAAAUGAGUAAUUUGCAGUUUCUUUUCAUUUUUAUUCAUAUUUCUGGCACCAGAAGUUCCUCAACACAAGAGCGAGGUAGGACAUCACACUUGGACUCAUAAUUAAUGCUGCUUGUGUUUCCUGCCCUCUUGAUUUUCUUGUUGCUCACCUUUAUUUAUUUACUUAUUGCCAGGGUUGGGUGGAAGAGGAUCUAGAAAAUUCAGUGUAACCUCCACAGAAUUAGGUUCAAUUCACAACACUUCACUUAUCAUAGAUAUGUUUUGGAAAACCCAUUGACAAGAAAGAAUGUUAUAAAGAUGUACCUCAUCGUUUGUGAUUGAUGUAUUCCUGCAAAUAUCUUUGUAAAUAAAUCUGUAUUAACUCCAGUAGGGAACUGGCUAUGUCAAAAAAAAAAAAAAAAGAAUGGUGGUGAAUUAUUUUGUAAAAUGAAGAAAUAUUUUUCAAAGUGAUAAUCAUCCUCAGAAUGUAACUGUUAGGUAAGUCGGAUAUUUGUAUAUCAAAAUUUCUUAAAUUAGGUAUUUUAUUUACAGGCUGUCAAUUAAAAUACUGCAAAAGUA